CGCAGGCACAACAUGUGCCAACAACGUAUGGCCUGCAUUCAUUACUGACAACUGCACGGUCUCGGCUGCAAGCUCGGACUCAGUCUGGCCGGCACUGGAUGCCUAAAAGUUUGCUGCGCUCAGCCUCCAGUCGCUGCAGCAGCGGCUUCUCCUUUGCUCUGCGCUUUGCAUCCGCCUCGUGCUCGUCUGCCAAGAGACAUUGCACAGACAAGUGCUGGAACAGACAGAUCUGGAUGCCCACUACAUGGACUUGGCCGGCAGCCUCAGGAGUAAACUCCAGGAGCACCUGCCCUGACCCAUGGGCUGGAAUCACGCACCGCGUCGGAGCACCAAACCUGAUGCGGUCAGUAGGCUUGACCCGCACUACUAAUGCAACAUCGUUCAGCUCCAGCGCAAAUGGGAACGGGUUUCUUCAGAGUAGCUACAAAGUGGGCGCGCUCGUGAGCAACCAGCAACGGAGGCAUGUCGCCCUGCAUCUGCACGCUGGGGUUGUGCAGGAACAGACUCGCCUCUUUGCUAGCCACCGAUUCUGUUGCUGUCUUUAUUGGCACAGCCGAGCCUGGGGAACGUACACAGCUGAAUAGCGCAGAGCAUGUGUAGCAAUGCCGGCCCACCACCGGCGCGUCCCUUCCAGAGACCCGCGGCU